CAAUUUGAUCAUGUUACCGUCAUUGAUGCGUUUAAGCGCGUUGGUGGCAGCUUCAGUGCUACUUGCAGUCGAUGCCAAGGUGGAGGUCGACCCCAGUAAACAUGAUGUUGUCAAGCUGACCCCCCAAUCGUUCGGCUCCGUUAUCGAGCGCCAUAGAGACUGGCAGAUCAGUGCCGUCUUCUUCUAUGACGACAAUACCCCUGUCAAAGACUUCAACAAGAUUAACGAAGUUGCCCAACAGACCAAGCGUAUGGUAAAAAUCGGAGCCGUAGAUUGCGACGAAAACCAUGCCUUGUGCGAGCAAAAUAACAUCAAGGAUUGUCCCAAGUUGGUCAUUUAUCCCCGGAAUCCUAUCCCACAGUUCAUAUAUGAAGGCAAAAUGGAAGUCCACGAUGUGAAGAAGGCCGUGUUGAGGUACUUGCCAACAGAACUCAUCAAAAAGCUGGACCCUGCUAAUGUUGACGUUUUCCUUACCACUGAUGCGGCCAUGCCCAAGGUCUUGCUUUUCACCGAGAAAGACUCUCCGCCACCGAUGUUCAAGGCGCUCAGCAAUGAAUUCCGCAAGGAGAUGCAGUUUGGUUUGGUGAACGUGAAAAAACAGGCAGAUCUUGCUAAGCGGUUUGGUGUGAAAAAAGCACCCAAGAUUUUACUACAACAGGCUGCUGGCAAGAAACCCGAAGCGUAUAAGGGGGAAGUGUCGUAUGUUCCUAUUGCUGAUUGGGUCAACCUACACAGAGAGACAUUCUCCAGGGGAGGUGGAUUUGAGGAGACUGCGAGGACUGGCUCGGGCAGUGAGACUGAGGCGCCUUCUAGACCGUGGCUUGCCCAGGAGAUACCGGAAAUCACUAAGAGGAGCGCCAAACAUGUUUGUUUUGACGGUGGAGAGGGUCACUGUGUUAUCUAUUUGAAGGACGGUGGGCCUUUGUCCAAGGAGGAAGAGGGUGGACUUGUUGAGCUCAGGGAACGAUUCACUUCACAACUACAUAACCGAGGCGCUAAGCUGCGUUGGGUGUGGCUGGACGUGUCCAAGGAGGCAGCUUGGGCUGAGAUGUUUGGCAUUAGCCAGUUCCCCAAUGUUGUCGUUUUCAACCCUCAUAAGCGUCUCCGCUUCUGCAAGUUUGACGAGGAUGACGAGGAGCAUAAGGGAGAUAAGGAAGGCAUUGAAUACCUAGUGGAUAAGGUGCUGGGAGGUGACGGCCGAUUCAAGAUUGUUAAGGGACAGAAACUCCCGGAACUUUCGGAAAGGGAGGAGGAUACGAAGAAGCCUCAAAAUGGGAAGGAUGAGUUGUAAAUGCCGUGUACGGCUAAUCCAGUUUUACUCGUGGCU